AACAGUUGUACUAGACAGCUGUAGUAAAAAGCAGAUUAACAAAACCGGGUCUAGGCUCCUGGGCGCUAACGGAGUUCUGGUCUCGACAGUGGCGAUUGAAUCAGGACAGCGCCCCAUUUGAGAUCAUUGGUUCCGAACACAUAUCCAUGUACAUCGAUGAGACCGACUUGAAGCUGCACGAGGUGAGCCACAUACCGCAAACACCUGCUAGCUCCUUCCAUUGGAGAACGUAUGCCAGGGUCUCCAGCCAUGGCGCCGAGAUGCUGAGAGAAGACCCGCGGGACUCCUUCUACCAUGUUCCGCUGAUGAGCGCGUCAAACCUGCGUGGCAUCCUGCCUGUGUGCCCCUACAGUCCCACCUACCUCAUCAAGGGGUACCCUCUCCAGAGGUAUCAGGGCAUUGAGUUUGUAAGUAUGACCCUCGUGAGUGACUGCCAGGGAGUCAUGGCUCUUGUGGAAGUCUCUGUCCUGUUUAAACAGUGGGUGGGCUGUUCUGAUAUUUGUUCAUCAUGAAUAGCUGGGAGAGGUCCAAUGAGCUCAGUGUUCAAUGUUUUGGAUGUGCUGGUGUGACAGGAAAUUCUGCACCAUAAUCUCCAAAGCAUCAUUUCAGUUAAGUCUAAAUCUGAAUUGAUAUGAAAGACAGGUGGCUUCCCCUGUAAUGUUCUUAUAGAUAAAACUUUGCAAUUCUGCGAAUUACUGCUGAAGACCAGGCAACACAAUUCCCCAACGCUGAAUUCAGAAUGCUAAAAUUUAACAUUGGGGAACACACAUACACACACACACACACACCUAUACAUAUACACAUACGCAUACAUAUUUAUACAUAUACACACACACAUACGUAUUUACAC